GUCCCCGGGCCCUCGGCCGCCGCACUCACGGCGGGAGCUGCCUAGGCCAGUUGGGCUCUGCGCACUCAGCCACCGAGUCCGACCCUCCGCGCGGCCCGCGCUGUCCUGCUCGUCCUCGCCACCCGGCACGCACAGCCCGGCCCCAGCAUGACGGACCAGGCGGCCUUCGACACGAAUAUCGUCACCCUGACCCGCUUCGUCAUGGAGGAGGGCAGGAAGGCCCGCGGCACCGGCGAGAUGACCCAGCUGCUCAACGCGCUCUGCACCGCGGUCAAAGCCAUCUCCACGGCCGUGCGCAAGGCGGGCAUCGCGCACCUCUAUGGAAUUGCUGGCUCUACCAAUGUGACGGGUGACCAAGUGAAGAAGCUGGACGUCCUCUCCAAUGACAUGGUCAUUAACGUGUUGCGGGCAUCCUUUGCAACCUGCGUCCUGGUGUCGGAAGAAGAUAAACACGCCAUAAUUAUAGAACCUGACAAAAGGGGUAAAUAUGUGGUCUGUUUUGACCCCCUUGAUGGAUCCUCCAACAUCGAUUGCCUUGUGUCCAUUGGAACCAUUUUUGGCAUCUACAGAAAGAACUCUACCGACGAGCCUUCUGAGAAGGACGCCCUGCAGCCGGGCCGGAACCUGGUGGCGGCUGGCUAUGCCCUCUAUGGCAGUGCUACCAUGCUGGUGCUGGCCAUGGCCUGUGGGGUCAACUGCUUCAUGCUGGACCCGGCCAUUGGAGAGUUCAUUUUGGUGGACAAGGAUGUGAAGAUCAAAAAGAAAGGGAACAUCUACAGCCUCAAUGAGGGCUACGCCAAGGACUUCGACCCUGCAGUCACCGAGUACGUGCAGAGGAAGAAGUUCCCCCCGGAUAACUCAGCCCCCUACGGCUCCAGGUACGUGGGCUCCAUGGUGGCUGAUGUCCACCGCACCCUGGUCUACGGAGGGAUCUUUCUGUACCCGGCUAACAAGAAGAGCCCCAAAGGGAAGUUGAGACUACUGUACGAAUGUAACCCAAUGGCCUACGUCAUCGAGAAGGCGGGAGGAUUGGCUACCACUGGGAAGGAAGCUAUACUGGACAUCGUUCCCACUGACAUCCACCAGAGGGCGCCAGUCAUCUUGGGGUCCCCGGAAGACGUGACUGAGUUCUUGGAGAUAUAUAAGAAGCAUGCUGCCAAAUGAAGAGCUGACCUUGACCACCCCCGCACGCGCCCCCCCCCCCCGCCCAAAAAAUUGCCUUUUAUCUGGACUUUUAUCUGACACGGCGCUACCCCAUUCUGACUGCAUUAUACAUUCCUAGGCAGCAGAAAUAGAAAGCAUAGAUAUCUUCACCAUCAAGUUCUGUGUAAUGCCUGGUGCUGCCUAACCAAAAUGCUAUCUAUAUAACGCUACUGAUGAUCAAGAUAUAUUUUGAAUAGAGGAGAAAUAAACCUAUUUUUCCUUUUUCUAAAAAGUCUUCAUUGCUUUGUGUGAAAUAAUGGUAAAAGUCAUAGUGACAGUCAAUGCAUAUAACAUUAGGUAACUCAUUUAAUCUUCACAGCAGCCUCAUGAAUUAGGUGGUAUGAACAACUCAUUUCACCAUGACAUCAUAUGGAGGACAGAGAGGUGAGGUAAUCUGCCCCAGGUCUCCAGCCAACGAGCCACAGAGUUCAGAUGAACCUAGGCAGUCUGGCCACUAAACUCAGAGUCAGCCUAUUGCUUCUCCUACGUAUUGUCUGUGCAGGUCUGGAUGUGCAGACCUCACCUGAGCAAGGCUGUUUCUACCUCCUGGGGCCUGUAGAGGUGAUAAGUUCGUGAUGGUGCCCAUCCACAACCUCUUGGCCUCCCAUACAUGCACAUAAUUAUCUAAGUCACAAGUGAAGGUUUAUAUUAUUGCUCCUGGUGACUUUUAAAGAUCUAAUUACCAUAAGGAAGAAGACUCAUCAUUAAACGCACAAUUUAUGGAAAUAAUAAUAUUGUUGCAAGCAAGUGAAUUUCUUACUAGACUCUUUGUAUAAACAUUUACUCCCUUCGCUGACCCUGUUUUUUUCUGGACUAGAAUUGCUAAGAUCAUGGCAAAUUAUACCAGGUUUUAAGAAUCA